AUGUCUGGCGUCAUCUACGCACUCGAGCACUCGCCCAUUGCAAAGGCUGUCGGUGCCGUCGCCGGGCUGACACUCAACCCCCUCGUCACGGGCGCACUGCUCGCGUUCCUCGUGCGCGCCCCCGCCGACGUUCUCGCGCAGACGCUCCAGCGCGCGUCUCUCCCAGCCGACUAUGACCUCAGCACCGCCAAGACGGUGCUCAAGGUGCUGCUCGGCAUCGGCCUCACGCGCACCGUGAACCGCAAGCUCAGCGACAUGGCCGCCAACGCCUGGCGGUGGGGGCCCGCGCCCGGCUGGGACUGGCCCCGCGAGAUUGCCGUCGUCACGGGCGGCUGCAGCGGCAUCGGGCUCGCCAUUGUGCGCAAGCUGCGCGCCAAGGGCAUCCGCGUCGCCGUGCUCGACAUCCAGGCCCCGCCGGCCGAGCUGAGCCGCGACGCCGCCGGCAUCCGGUACUACAAGUGCGACGUGACGUCGUCGGCGUCGGUCGCCGACGUGGCCGCCGCCAUCCGCCGCGACCUCGGCGACCCGACCAUCCUCGUCAACAACGCCGGCAUCGCCGUGCCGACCAACAUCCUCGACAUUUCGGAAAAGGCGCUGCACAAGAUCUUCGCCAUCAACACCAUGUGCCACUGGAUCACGUGCCAGCAGUUCCUGCCGUCCAUGAUCACGGCCGACAAGGGCCACGUCGUCACCAUUGCCUCGGUCGCGUCCUUUGUCAGCCUGCCCGGCCACGCCGACUACGGCGCGACAAAGGCCUCGGCGCUGGCCUUCCACGAGGCCCUGCGCACCGAGCUGCGCCAUGCGUACAAUGCGCCCAACGUGCUCGCCACCGUCGUCCACCCCAACUUUGUCGCCACCCCGCUGCUCACGGAAUUCGAGAAGAACCUGACCGACAACGGCGUCCGCAUGCUCACCCCCGAGCAGGUCGCCGACGCUACUACCGAGCGCAUCUUUGCCCGCAAGGGCGGCCAGGUCGUCAUCCCCAAGUCUUCGGCCGGCACCUCGGCGCUGCGCGGCUGGCCGACCUGGAUCCAGGUCAUUAUUCACGACGUUUUGGGCGCCCAGACGGCAAAGAUGAAUGCGGCCAAGAAAGCGGCCAGCAACUAA